UACAUUUGCGUUUGGAAAUUUUGCGCUUUUUUCUCUUCCGCCCGCCCGCCUCCUAUCCAUCCCCCCUUUUCUCUUUCUCUCUCCCUUCCUCCCUCCUCUGUCUCUCUCUCUCUCUCUCUGUCUCUCUCUUCCCUGCACUGCACUACUAAAAUAAAAUGUGCGCCGCCCAAAAUCCGCCGCCCUUUGGCUAUACCUGGGGCUUCGCUGACAACGGCAGCCGCACCGCCGAAUCGGUACUGGAGAUAUCGCCGAACAUCAAUUACACCGUCAGCGGGGAGUCGAUGCCCUACUUGCUGGCCACGGACGGAUCGCUGGCCGUUCAAAAGGAUGUCAAAGGCGCCCUGGCAGCAGCCGGCAACAAGAAUGUCGUCCGUCGGAUGUUCGUUGUAAACGAUCCCUCAUUUCCGCCAGGAACUCAAAGAGUUAUCACCACUGGAGGUGCCUCGACGGUGGUCAAGAAGCAGGACGCCAAUCAGCAGGUCCUCAGCCUGGACAAGAACUAUCUUCUGGUGGAUCAGGCCACGGCAGCAGCAGCUGCAGCCGCGGCGGCUGGGGAUCCGACAGCCCAUCACCAGUUAACCAAUGGAAGCAUCGUCGAUGCCAAAACCGGGCAGACAGUGUUGACCGCCGGAUCGGCGGCCAAGUCACAUUUUAGCUCGAUCGGAGCCUUGCAUCUCACGCAGGAGGAGUGCAACGAGAUCCUGAUCAAGCGCGCUAUCGCCGCUGGCCACCAUCAGACGCACACGAUCACAACUGCCGACGGAGCGCAUCAUCAUGCCGCGUCUGGCGGGACACCAAGUUUUUGUUCCGUUGGCGGUGCAACCACUCUCUUAGGUGACAUACUUCCUGGUAUUUCAGUUCAAGUACAGAAAGUGAUCCAGGGACUCGAGGAGAACGAGGACUCGCAGGGCGACGCACCCAACUUGAAGUUGGAGCCAGGCACAUUAGAGUUGUCCCCCAAGACCGAAAUACAGGAAUCAAUGCAUUUCAGCGAAACGGACGCCACUAUUAAGAAGGAACGCCCGUACAGUUGCGACGAGUGCGGCAAGUCCUUUCUGCUCAAGCAUCACUUGACGACCCACGCACGCGUACACACAGGUGGUGAACGCCCCCAUAUCUGCACCCAUUGCGGCAAGAGCUUCGCGCACAAGCACUGCCUUAACACACAUCUGUUGCUGCACUCGACGGAGCGGCCGUAUCAGUGCCAGGAGUGCAAGAAGAGCUUCACCCUCAAGCACCACUUGCUGACGCAUUCGCGCGUCCACAGUCGCGAGCGUCCGUUCGUCUGCCAGGAGUGCGGACGUGCCUUUCCCCUCAAACGACACCUGGUAACGCACAGCAAGUUCCACGCCGGUGAACGACCGUAUGUGUGCGAGGAAUGCGGUGAGAGUUUUGCCCAGGAGAAUCACCUGAUUAUGCACUCGCGCUUUCAUGGUUCCUUGAAUCCAUUCGUUUGCGCCGAGUGCGGAGCCUCGUUUCCGCGCAAGUUCCAGCUGGUUAAUCACGGACGGAUCCACGGCAAGAUUCCCCACUCGUGCACAGUGUGCGGCAAGGAAUUUCUGCAAAAGCGAACGCUAGUUUCCCACAUGAGGCGCGUACACACUGGAGAGCAGGCACAUCCCUGCGUCAGCUGCGGCGAGGGCUUCCUCACCAAGGCCGAACUGCACCAGCACGUGAGGACGGCGCACAACGGCGUGAAUCCCAAUACGAGCAGUGCCACCAUUAUCGCCAAUCAACAGCAGCUGCAACAGCCCCACCACCAUCCUGGCCAGCCGACGCAUCCGCAGACCAUAACAGUGGUCAGCAAUCCGGCCAAUUCCACGCUCCUGACGGUCUCCACCACGGAUGCCAAUGGCGUGUCACGUCCGCAGUUUGUUUGCCGGGAAUGUAGCAGCGCCUUUAACAGCCGGGAAGCAUUGGCCCUGCACUUGCGCCUUCACACCGGCGAUAAGAGUUUGAUGACCGAUCUGUGCGCCCUGACGGCCGCGCUGCCUGGCCACUUUUUGAGCACGGCCAGCCUGAAUCCCGGCACAGUGGUCACGGCCAAUCCGAAUCUGGUGGGCCAGAGCCCAGUGCCCGUACAGAUAAUAUCAUCCACCGGGCAGGUGAUGUCACAGACCACGCUGGUGCAGGCCGCCAACUCGACCCAUCCGCAAGCGGUGGUCACCGCAGUGCCCACUAUGCCGGUGCACGGCCAACACCAGCAUCUGCAGCACGUUCAGCAGCAGCAGCAACAGCAACAGCAGCAGCACGUUGUGUCGGUGGCGCCGGCCAACAAACCGAAGUCGCACUUCUGCGCCAGUUGCGGCAAGGGAUUCGCCGCCAAGCACGGACUCAUGCAGCACAAUCGCCGGCAUCCGAACGGCGGUUGCACCGUUCGUACCCAUGUGUGCGAGUGCGGCAAGGCCUUCUUCCAGAAGAACCACCUGAUGCUGCAUCAGCGCCAGCACUUGGAGACGAAGCCAGCCAUAUCGCAGCAACAGGAACAACAGGCGGAUGCCAGCGGCCAGCAGCCGGUUCAAGUACAGAUCUUGUCCGAUGGCCAGAUACACGGCAAGGUCAUCAAGUACGAGGUAUGCCGCAACGCCCUACCGGAGGACCAGCAGCAGGCGGAGUAACCCCCGAUAAAAAAAAUGUAAAUAUAUGGCAGUUACAGAUCGUACAUAUGUACACACCAGCGCACUCUCGAAGGACACACAGAACACUAACAGAAGGAGAAGUGGAUCCUUGGAUCCUUGGAGUGGGAGGCGAUUCCCUUAGGUGUAAUAUUUUUAGUUAGGAUUAGGAUAGCGUUUAAGUAAUUGCAUUGUACACAUAAUAGUUAACUAGCGUUACAUACAUGCAUACACUUACUAUGUAUACACACAAUACAUAUAUAUACACAUAUAUAUAUAUAUAUAUGAUCCGUAUAUAAGAUCAUAUACGGACCUAGACUUAAACGAUUAUCUGUUAAUUUUUGCGAUGCGUUGGUCGCAUCUAAAACAACAACCUGUAUGAGUUGCAAGUUUUAAAGUGUUACGUUCGAUUGGUUUUACGCAUUACACGACUUUUAAUACCCUAACAUACCUAUACACGAAACAUAUACAUAUAUAUAAAUAUGUAUGACUAGAUGAGAGAUAUAUAUAUUUAUGUAUAUUCCCCGGGUGUAAACUGUAUACAUAUUAACACAAGAAACAAGAAACAGAUUAUACAUAGACGAGUACGAGUACGGAUAGUUCUAGAAGACUAGUGUCUAGCAAGCGUUGCACUUUGAAAUAUACGUAACCAGUAGCUCCACUCCAUGUGGAAGUGGGUGGGUGGUGUGUGGGCAUGCCACAUUUUGUUUGUACAUAUAGAAAUCGGUGUUAGCUGCAGCAGCCAACGCCAGCCAAGAGAGAAGAACUGGUCCGAUCGGAGUGGAGUGGAGUGGAGUGGAGUAGGUGCCUGGCACAAUAACUAGCUAACAGAGAUACCCCAACCAGAAGAAUUAGACUAUAGACAGUCUGUAGAAAAACUGAAAAA